CCAUAAUUAUGGAUUAUGUAAAGAAGGGAGCAUGGUCUCCUGAUGAAGACCAAAAAUUGGUUGAUUAUAUCAUGAAAUAUCGUAUUUGGAACUGGUCACACAUGCCCAAAUUUGCAGGGCUAUCAAGAACCGGAAAGAGUUGUAGACUCCGAUGGAUCAACUACUUGAGACCUGAUCUAAAGAAAGGACCUUUUAGCAUCGAGGAGGUGGAAAUUGUGAUUAGAAUGUAUCAAUCGCUUGGUAACAGGUGGUCAGCUAUAGCUAAAGAAUUGCCAGGAAGAACAGAUAAUGAAAUCAAGAAUUUCUACCACACACAUUUAAAGAAGCACCUUGGGACAAAAGUUGAAGUGAAACCUAAAUCAAGGAAGAAAGCUAAACAAAUAGAGAUGAGUACUCAAAAAAAGCCUUUGAUAACUAAUUGUCCAAAUAUUCAAUCACUUGAUUUCACCAACUCCUCCUCCUCUUCUAGCUACAUCACAUUUGACGAAAAUUAUGAUUUCUUGGAAACAUCUAAUCAACACAAUGAUGUUACUUCAAUCGUCAAUCAAGUUGAUGAUGAAAACAUAGUUAUAUUGGAGAGUAAUCCAGACGAUACUACUUCCUCAUCAUCAAGUGUUGAUUUGCACAUAAAAGAUUUCAUGGAUGUGAGUGUUGAUUCAUCUAAUGUUGUGGAUUUCUGGUUGGAGCUAUAUAUGGCAGCGGAUAAUCUGAAGAUCUAAGUUCCUUUUCAUGUCUUCUAAUUUUGUAGUAUAUAGUACUACGAUCAACAUAUAUGUGGUAUGUAUUCAUGGCCAUUAUGUUAAGUUUGUUUAACUACUUCGUAAUAUUUAGAGCUCUUAAAUUAAACAAAAAUAUAUUGUUUGUGUAAAACAACAUGAUUGUUCAAUCUCUCAAGUUCUAUUAGUAUAAGGAUUUUUCCAAAGUAAUGUAAGAAAAUUUCUAAUAUACUAGGGCUUUGAUGGACGUCAAAACCUUUUUUUUUUGUUUAUUUCAUCUUCCUAUUUUUCUUAUAAUCUUGAAGAGAGAUAUUGUGUGUUACGAAAAUGACAUUGUAGGAUUAU